AUGACGAUCUCUCUGGUCGUGCUCUUCCGCAAGGGAAUGAUACUUGGGAGGAUCUUGCGGUUUCAAGGAGAGUUUGCGGAAUCCCUGGUGCAUCUUCAGAAGGCGCGCAAAAUGGCAGAGAAGUGUAAAGAGCUUGUCUUUGAUAAAGAUCUCCGAGAUCUUACCUGCGACCUGGCUGAUACACUUCGAGAACUUGAUGAACCCAAAUCCGCCGAGCAUGUCCUCCGCCCGGAGAUCACACACCAGAUCCAGCGCGGAACAUCCUUGGCUGGCAGCGCACUUCUCGAGCUGUCUCUUGCGGAAGCACUUUUGCUCAACAGCGUUUCAAAGAGGCGGAAAGACUUUGCUUAG